GUAUGAAUCAUCCUUCCCAAGAUGGCGUUACACCUGUUUCUCCGGCGCUGAUCCUUGUUGUUGUCUGCGCAACACAAGAAAAACAAAGCAUCUGGAGCACACUGUGAAUAAACUGGCGACGUAGGUAAACAUCUGGACUGAACUCCGUCGUCCACGAUGUCCACAGAGGAGCUGUCAGCCUCGGACAGCGAGGCUGUGUUCGCCGGCGCGGGGGAGCGAUGGGCACCGGUCGGCGCUGUGGCAAGUCCCGAGGAUGAGAGCCGGAGCGCCGGGCAGCCGAGGCAGAUGGGCUCGUCCUCGGCCACCGAGGAGGAAAUGGCCGUCAGGCUGGAGAAGCUGAAGGAGGAGCAGGACCUGCUGAACUCCUCUCUCCUCGCCCUCACCUCGCACUUCGCUCAGGUGCAGUUCCGACUGAAGCAGAUAGUUCACGCCCAGAGCGAGGAGAAGGAGAGGAUGCUGGCCGAGCUGGAGGAGUUCGCCUUCAGGGGCUGCCCGCAUGUGGUGGGCUGCAGGGCUCAGGACGCCAAACAGCUGGAGAACUCGAGUGAGAGGGAGAAGAGGGAGCGCCUGGAGGCUCAGAGGGAGAAACAGAAGGAUCUCAUUUUCCAACUGAAGACACAGCUGGAUGAUCUGGAGCGCUUCGCCUAUCAGGAGGGCAGCUACGACUCGCUGCCGCAGUCUGUCGUCAUGGAGAGGCAGAAGGUCAUCAUUGACGAGUUGAUCAAAAAGUUGGAUGUGAACCUGAACGAGGACAUCGGGAACGCGUCACCCGAGGAGCUGAGACAAAGAGUGGACGCUGCCAUUGCUCAGAUAGUGAACCCAGCCAGGGUCAAAGAGCAGCUCGUGGAUCAGCUCAAAACCCAGAUCAGAGACCUGGAGAUGUUCAUCAACUUCAUCCAGGAUGAGGUAGGGAACCCUCUCUUAGGAGAUGGUGAACACAGCCAGCAGCCACAAGCAGCAGGCACCAAUGCCAGAACUCCAGGAGUGAAGAAGAAAGUGGACCCAGAGCAGGCCCAGAAGAUGCGAGAGACCGGCCUGCAGCUGAUCCAGAAGGCCCUCGCCGUGCUGCAGAUCUUCGCCGCAAGCCAGUUCGGCUGCGCACCCGGACACAUUCCUCAGAACAUAUGGCCCCAGGAGUCGACAGGGCAGGACUACGGGCCCCUGCUGCAGCGUCUGGAGGCAGCUGUCGAUAAGGUGCGAGUGCUGGGCUCUUGCAGACAGCCCUCCCUCGACCAUGUCGUCAACUACACCAGCAACACGGCGCUGGGACCCCGAGACGAGCUGACGGCGACUGUGAGGAAGGAGCUGGCAUUUGCUCUAAAAGACCUGUUGGCUCACGGCCUCUUCUCCCCCUCCCAGACCAUGAGCCUGGUGCUGGCACCCAUCUCCUGCCUGCUGCCUUACAGACCAGCCCCACAGACCAUGCACCCAUGGGAACUCUUUGUUAAAUACUACCACUCCAAAAACGGGAAGGCCUUUGUGGAGUCACCGGCCCGCCAGCUUUCACAGUCCUUCAGCCUGCCUGUAGGGGGCGGCCCGGUGACCGUCACCCCUAAACAGUCCCUGUUGUGGGCCAUUCACACUGUGCUGAAGGAGCACGGACGCUACAAACGGGGACCAGACACAGAGUUCAAAGCGCUGGUGUGCAUGGCUCUGAACGAGCAGCGGCUGGUGUCGUGGCUCAACCUGCUGUGUAAGUCCGGGACUCUGAUACACCCGCACUACCAGUGCUGGAGCUACAUGGCCCAGACGGGCUUUGAAGGAGCGCUGCGGAUCCUGGGACGCAUCAGCCACCUCAAAUUCAACCUCCCGGUGGACCUGGCUGUUCGGCAGCUGAAGAACAUUAAGGAUGCUUUCUGAGGAGGGACCAAAAAGGCAAAUCCACGAAAAGUGAAGAAACACCAGUCAGAGAAAUCAAGUAUUUUAUCAGCUAAUCUACACUGCUCUUACCUGGCAUUCAGGGCCAAAAGCAUGACUUUGUGCUUCAAGUAUUUAACCUUAUUAAAGGUUAUUUAAGUAGCCACCCAUCUAAAGUAAAGUGCAAGUGUGUGACGUCUGCAGUUCAUGCAUGGAUGAUUAUGUUGUGUGAGCUUCAGCUAUAAGCAUCCAUAAUCUGCAUGUCCCACUGUGUUUAAGAUGCCAAAAUGUCAACAUGACAAAUGCUACUUGUACUGUAAACAUGCCUUAGAAUGGAGAUUGAGAUUACCUCAUCUUUAGUGAAGCCUUCCUGACCUUUGCGACCUGUGCUCAUCAUCUCCCC